AUGGGCUCGCCAAUAGCACCAGUUGCGGCUAAUAUAUUUAUAGAAUACUUCGAGGAGGAGGCGUUAAAGCAUGCACCUUUUAAACCCAGAUACUGGUGGAGAUACGUAGACGCCGUGUUCGCCGUAGUUCCCAGACAGGCCGUAAACCAUUUGAACGACGUACAUCCAAAAAUCCAUUUUACUACGGAGGAGGGAAAUGUUGGAACUCUCCCAUUUUUGGACGUACUAGUGAAGCGGGAACCUAGUGGUAAUCUAGUACAUACCGUGUAUAGAAAGCCUACACACACGGACCGGUACUUGAGGGCGGACUCUCAUCACCAUCCAUCCCAGCUAUCUUCAGUGCCGCGCACGCUUAUAAAUCGCGCAAUACGUUUAUGCGACACUCAAUUCCUGCAGGCUGAAUUGACGCACGUACGGCACGUAUUAGAGAGCAAUGGAUACAACUGGCGACAGAGUUACCGAAUAGCUAACACGGCCUACUUUAUCUCGCUUGCUGUACAAUCUAUAUACUUCAGAGAUUUUGAAAUAUGUCAAUACUGA